AUUGGAUCGUCUGGCUGGACAGCGGGCAUCGGGUCACCAGGCAUCAGGCAUUGGAUCGUCUGGCUCGACAGCGGGCAUCGGGUCAGCAGGCUGAAGAGAGGCAUUAGGCUGAAGACAGGCAUCAGGCUGGGUACAGACCUCAGGCUGAAGUGCGGGUGCCGAGGCACCAGGCUGAACCACGGAAGGCAGGUUCUCAGACGGCAGGCUCACCGUUUUGGAUACUGGCAGGAUGGUAUUGGUUGGAAAGAAUUUUCGCUUUUUUCUGGUUUUAACUACUGGAGCACUGCAAGUAAACGCAGGUCUGCAAACGAAUGGAGCAGCUGAGGACAGAGAAGAGCUGGAAGAUGGAACAGAGGAGGGAGCAGUUGCUACAGAGGGCUUCUUUACAGGGUUAAAGGCAGGAUAGGUGCAGCGAGUGGGAACAGGGUACUGACAUGCGGUAGAUAGCAGGGUAUACUGGGC